AUGUCUGACCAUGAAACUGAUUCGGAGGAGAGUUAUCAAACUGAUGACUCCGAUAUAAACUUUAUUCCGGGGUACAUAAUGGAAUGCCCUGACCUUGGAAGUUCGGAUGAUGGCUCCAGCCUUGAAGACGACAACGCGGGCCUAGCAUAUGCCGAUGAACCUUUGGCUGACGACGAGUGGCUACAAAACUACAACAGGCAAGAAAGAGAACGGCUAGAACUACAAGAAAAGCUAGAGAGAAGACUGGAUGGUUCUGUUGAAAUGAGCGAGUGGUAAGUACUUGGUAAACAUCGAUAAAAUCCGUGUUUGUUUCGGAUUAUUACUGUAAUAUCAAAUAUAUGCGUGGAAAUUUGUUUAUUUCUAUCUAUAAAAUUCGAAUGUUUUUGUCCUUUUUUAUCACAGGUGCAAUUGUGGGAAUUGUGACAUAUCCUUACUAACAAAUAAUAGGGAAUGUCAUUGUUGUUUUGAACUGGAAGGAUGCGGGGAAGCUAUGAAUCGCGAAGAAGUUAUACAGGAUCUCAAAGCCGAAGGCGUGCAAAAUGCCAAGUGUGUAACACAACACCCGGGAUUCAACUCCGUAUGCCUUCAAAAGUGGAGUUUGAAGAUGGCUGCUGACAGGUAUAAAACCAAAGAUAAAAGCAAGUACAGUCAAACGUCAACGGAGAAUAGGUGAGACAAUUUAUUCAAUUAUGUUUUUAAAAUUUUUCUUUGUUGCCAAAUUUUUACCUCUCGACUUGUUUAUUUAUGCACCUAUUAAUGUUUUCCCCCUGAGGAGGGGGGGGGGGGCAACCCAGGGCAUCCCUGCUGUUGGGCAAGAAACGGCUGUCAAAAUUCCCCACUAUAUUCCUAAGGUAACAAGGCACACAUAUGUUUUCCAAUGCGAACAUACAGUCUAUACUGGUUUAAACUUGGUAAAAAUUGAGACACUGUAUAAAAGGCUAUAAAAUACCUUUUUCGAUGAAACUUGAUUGUGCUUCUCUGCCAUACUUGGUUACCAGGCCUUUCAAUGUCAAAACUGAGACAAAACUGAGUUGAUGCAUAGGUGAAAUUCCCCUCACUGGGGCUUCAUAGUGUGGUUAAAGUCCCCUGGGCCACCCCCCACCCCCUCAGGGGGGGGGGGAAACAAUGAUAGGUGUAUUCAAAUUAGCCUGUCAAUACAUCACUAUAUACUAGAGGUGGUGUGCAAAUCUGAUCUGUUCGGAUUUCGGAAACAAAAUAAUAUAUUCAUUUCGGAUCGGAUUGAUAAAGUUAUUUCGUAGUCGGACCGGACUUUGGUAUCCGAAAUAAAAUGAAUUAAUUAUCUAAUUAUUCAAUUGGACGUCACUUUGUCAGGUUCUUGACAUGUAUUUAUUGCUUUUAUAUUUAUUUGGUUAAAUAUUUCAACUUGAAUGAGAAAUUUAUUUUAUUAAAGAAUUCUUCGGAUUGGAUCGAAACUCGGAUCGGAUUUGACAAUUUCGGAUCAGAUCAGAUGUUAAACAUAGGCAAUUAUCGGAUUAUAAACGUCCGAUCCGAUGCACACCUCUACUAUAUGUAUAGGUAGAUAAUGAUUUGCUAAACACAAAGAUAGAAAAUAUUAAUUUAUACUUUUGUAAAUGAGGACUAUAAUGCGGACUAUAGGCAACUUCUUAGCCUGGUUCACAUGGUAACAAAUCAUGAACUUCCAUUUAUUUUGUUUUAGCUUUCUGCGCAGUAUCUCAUAUAGAGAGUUCACAAGACUAAUAUAUGGACCUCUUGGCAACAGAAGAAUCCCACUACCUGCAUGUGCCUACAUUGCAAUAAGAAAUACAUUUCCCAUCAUGGAGAAGGAAGGACAGUUUACUGGAUAUUCUGACGACUCAGACUAG